CUUAUCCUCACGCAUCUGGCGCGGCGACGCCCUCCCAAGGCUGCUCACUUGCGAGAUAUUUACGCGCAAUGCAGAACUAUCGCGGACCAGCUUCAGAUCACGUCCUGGACGCAUCACCUCCGCCACUUCAAGAAGACGGCUGACAAAUUGGCGAACCUCGCGAUGGAUACCAAACGCAGCAUCCAG